AUGCUCCGGUACCGCUGUCGACACUGUUUUUCGGGUCGUGCACCGAAGCCUCUGUCGGUGACUGCGUGGGCAAAGCGACGGGGUGUGUCGACUCGACAGGCGGAGCGCCUAGGACGAGCGUCGUCAAUACCGACGGCGAGAGGUGCCGCCACCUCUCACGCAUCAACUAGCAGUAUACGCGGAGGCAGCGUCGCGAGAGGUUCUGCAGAGCGGGCAACGAAGCUGUCGUCCCCGUCGGCUGGUGCCUCUGCCACAUCCGCUACGGUGCAGUCGACGGCCUUUUCCGGACGCGCAAAACCGCUACCGGGCCGCUUUAAUCGUCUUGUGGUGCAGCUGGGCGUCGGUGUCACCGUCUACCACUACAUACUGGGGGAGAGCAUCAACCUUUUCCUGACGUACCUCCUCCACUCGCACCGCUUAGGGAUCGGAGACACGGGCAGCUGGCUGGGCGCUCUCGGCGUGCCGGUAGACGGAUUUCUGAAUGUUGGUCCGACGGUGUACGGACUGCAGCUGUCGCCGCGGCUGGUGCUGAAUUAUCUUGUGGUGAAUGCCUGUAUGUACCCAUCGAUACCGCUCCAGCUGCGCUUGUGCAUUGCGACCGCACCGAUACUGCGCGGCCCCUUUCAGGUGAUGGGACGGCUGCUGGGGGUGUCGAAGAGGGCAACCGUGCCGAAAGCGCCGUCUGCAACACCAUCUUGA